GUAUCUGGGCAUCACGCGGCCUCUCACCUACCCGGCGCGGCAGAACGGUCAGCUGAUGGCGAAGAUGAUCCUGGGCGUGUGGCUGGCGUCGGCCUCCAUCACGCUGCCACCUUUCUGCGGCUGGGCCAAAAACGUGCACACAGCCGGCGUGUGCCUCAUCAGCCAAGACUUCGGCUACACCAUCUACUCCACAGCCGUCGCUUUCUACAUCCCCAUGCUGGUCAUGCUGGUCAUGUACUACAAGAUCUUCAAGGCGGCGCGUAAAAGUGGCGCCAAACAUCGCUUCACUGACAUUUCUCGCCGCGAGCGUCUCAGCACGGUGGCUAACGAGGCGUUGAGGAUGCACGGAAUGAAGCCUGGAGGCGUGGCGGAAGAAUGUGCUGCCAUUUCCCGCCUUUUGAACCGCGAGCGAAGAAACAUCUCCAUCUUUAAGCGAGAGCAGAAAGCAGCGACCACGUUGGGGGUAAUCGUCGGGGUUUUCGGCGUUUGCUGGCUGCCGUUCUUCAUCCUUUCCACCGCCAGGCCGUUUAUUUGUGGCGUUGAGUGUAGCUGCGUUCCAAUUUGGUUGGAGCGAACGCUGCUCUGGUUGGGAUACGCAAACUCCCUAAUGAACCCUUUUAUCUACGCCUUCUUCAACAGAGACCUGCGCUCCACUUACCGUGACCUUCUCCGCUGUCGCUAUCGAAACAUCAACCGCAGACUGUCCGCUGUGGGCGUCCACGAGGCUCUCAAGGUUUGAAAAGCUGAGGUUUGACUGUCAAAAAAAAAAAAGGGUGGUUUGGAGGCCUUGUGAUUGUACACCUGGUGCUUAAAGGGGGAUGUUGAACACAGCGUGAAGAUAAGACUGACAGAAGAGGAGUUGCUGUAUGUGGCUUUCUGGUCUCUCUGCAAAUCACAUCCCUCUGUGUGUGCGUGUGCGUGUGCGUGUGUGCGUGUGUGUGUGUGUGUGCGUCCCAGUCUUUCUAUUUUUGGAAAGAAAAUCAUGGAGCACACUUGAUGGGCUAUUCAUGUCGACGGCGCUUUUGUGCAUAUGCCACCAAUCCGAUUAAUGGAAGGGUAAUGAAGUGACAAAGGAAAUGACAUGUAAACACAAUGAAUCAAGGGAACAGAAGCAAACAGAUUUGUGUACAUUAGUGAAAUUGAUGUUUGAUAAGGGAAAACAUUUGUUGACGUGGCACAGUUUCUUCAUCAAAACACCCAUUAGAGACAUCACAGAUUCAUUUCAGACAGAGUAAACACUUUGAGCUCUUUUGUGCUUUGUGCCAUGAUUACAUUUACAUUUAUAUCACUUUGACUCCAGUUAUACUUUUCCAUUUGGUCCUCUCACUAAAUGUAACAGGAGCACUUUGUUUCACAAAACAUGUGGUGAUGCCAAGCGAGAGGAGGUGGGUGGACAAAAUGGUGUUAAAUGCAGAAUGAAGGGGAACAUUUUCCAUUCAUUAAACCUCUGUAUUUGUUGCUAUGAAAAUAAACUGAAAGUAGUUUGUUUAGUGUCUGCAUGAAACACAUUUUGACCUACAAGUACGGUGGCCGACAAGUUGCCAACGCGCUUCAACGCGUUGGCCACUUGAGGAAACAUGAGCAGCGUUUACUAAAAGUGCUGCAAGAUGCUCAAAAUACAACGGAAACGGGGAAACUAAAAAGUGACGCACGCAGCUGGGACCGGAGCGUUCAGGAAUAUAAAGAUGUCUCUGUUGGCAAAGAUAGUCUGUUUCAUAUUUGUAAGUGUUUUGUCAGUAUAUUUCAAAUGACUAGGUUAGCUACGUAAGCUUACAGCAGAUCCGCUAUAAUAUUGGAGGGAGUCAUGUGAUCACAUUAGUAAAAAAAGCCGUUAAAACUUACAUUUUAGGUACGUUUCCUACAACAGAGACAUGUUGGCAUAGCCGCGGGAAGUCAUUUUACUUAGGGGGUGCGGCCAAAAGUGGGGAGAGAUUUCAACAGUAACAUGAACAUAAUAGUAACCGGCAAAAAAGCUCUAUCAAUAAUGACAAACCACAUUGACAGUGGCAUUUCAAUUUGAGCACAAAAUGUCCAUAUUUAUAAAGAAAAAUCCGUUUUUCAAAUGUACACCAUUCACCAACAGGGGGUGCUGCAGCACCUCGAGCACCCCUACUUCCUGGGCUAUGCAGUUUGGCUAACUUUAUAAUCCCCGAACGUCAACAAGCGCUCCGGUCCCAGCUGUGUGUGUCACUUUUUAUUGUCCCCCCGUUUCCGUUGUGUUUUUAGUUUCUUGCAGCAUUUCGAUUAUGCAGCCUUUUAGUAAUUGUGCAAUUUUUGUGAGUCUGUGAAGAUGUUUUAUUCAUCUGCAUGUGUUUCGCCACAUUUGUGUUUUGAUAUUUGCAUCGUUUUGGAAACUGCAGCGCGUUGCUCCUAUUGGAAAUAUUUUUGACCUUUGCAUUUGCACCUGUCGGACACCGCACACAUGCCACUGUAAAAAUAAACCAUAAGAGAUUAUUUAUAGCAGAUUACAGUGUUUAUCGCACACUUGAAAUCCAAAUGAACUCAAUGUGUCAGAUACUGUGGACAUUUUUCACUGUCGUUAUUUUGCCUUUUAUUUUUUACUCAACAUUUGGCUGCUGACCUUAUUGGUUUUACGCAGCUCAACUAAAGCUGGUGAACUCGGCAGUUUCACUUUAAGAAUACAAACGUUCUUGAUCAUUCAUGAACUUUUGUCGUCAAAUGUCACCAUUCGAAGCAGUGCGUGCUUUUUCUACCUCGAUUUUGAGAUUUCCUCCGAACAGAUGUACCGCUGUCUUGCAUCAUUUUGUAAUUAAUUGCUAUUUUAUAUAUGGUGUAAGAUCAAUCUGUGUACAACUGCUCUGUGAUUGCUCUCUGUGUGAACGCUUUCUCUUUUCAGAAACAAGCUGGGGAAGUGGCAAAGCAUUUCAUCACUUUGU